AUGAACCAGGACGGCCGACACGACGUGAGCCUACUCGCCCAUGUCGCCGGGAUUCGCGCCCAGGAAGGAGAGUGCCCAAAUGCUCAGCUCGUCUCAGAGCAGCAGCAGCUCGCCGUCGCUCAGAGAACUUGGUACACGAUCCUGGACCCUCAAACAGGCUCGCAACCCCUCCCGGGCUGGACCGUGUGCCCGUCGUGUGUUCUCAACAUCCAGGCCUGCUGUCCCGCCGUCGCGUCCGGAUUUGCGCCAGUGCAUCCUGCCGGCCCGAGGGAAGCGUCCUGCGCAUUGGUGCCGUCGGACCGGUACGAUGACCGGCGCACCGCCGAGAUCCUGCAGCAGCUCGGCAGCUGCGUUGCGAUGGCAGCAAUGUUGCGCCGCCCAGACUUGUCUCAGCUCGUCAACUGGCUGCGUGCAAAUUUACCACAACCACGGGGCACCGGCACCUUGUCCUCGGCGGGCCCGGCACGGCCACAGGGCAACGGUCUUUGCCCCAUGAAUUACCCGUCCACGACUCUUCGGUGCCAUACGAUGCCAGGCGUUCCUGAGUUCACUGUAUGCGAACAGUGUUACGCAAAUGUCAUCAGAGCGGAUGCGGCCCGCGGGGUGGAGCUGGCGACUCGGUUCGACAUGAGCCCAUCCCUUACGCCGUCUGGCGUGACAUGCCAGCUGUAUUCGGAUCGGAUGCGCCGCGUGUGGAGCGAAACGGUCGCGACAGGUAACCUGGAAUAUCUGCGACAAAAGGCAAGUCGAGUUGUCAGCGAGCGACGGGUAAAGGAGCGAGAGUUGCAGACCAAGACGGCGCAGCUUCAACAGCAAGCCAUGCAACUUCGGCUGCAGGCAGAAACCCAAGAGCUUACCUUCCUGCAGCCCGACUUCAGUCAGACAACCCAGCUCAAUAACCAGGCGGCUAUGCUCAAGCUCCAGGCCGCACAGGCAGAAGAUCAAAUCCGCCUCGCGGAAGAGGAAUGGCGACGGUACUGGGAGUGA